GGGGCAGCACGCGGAGACGCCCUGUCCCCCCACAGGGGCCACAGGGAUAUGCCGGCCGCUUCUGGGAGUGGUUCAGGGCCAGGGCAGGCAGGGAGCCUGCCUUGGCCCUGCUGUGUUGCCCGACUUUUAGCGACCUAAAAUCUCCUGGUUUGGCUUCAGUAGCCUGUGGGAGAUAGAGCCCAAUUCCAGAAGACGCCCGGUGAAAUCGGGAGGGUUGGCGCCCCUAGGUACCAAGGCCAUAGAAGUUGCUGAGAUGUGCUGUGCUCGGUACCUCCACAGCACCCCAGACAUACGUGCAACUAUAAAUAAGGUGAGGGAGGAGCAGGUGUCAGCAUGAGACCGAGAGCCAGGCCAAGGGGAGAGUCAAAAGUUGGGGGGGGGUCUUUUCAUUCCCUAUAAUCCUCUGGGCCAGAGGUCCCCAAACUGUGGGGUGCACCCCCUGGGGGUGGGCAGAGAGGGAGCACCACCGAGCUCUGCUCAUGGCCCUGGGCCCGGCUGCUGGCCCUGGCUGCCAGGCCCGAGCCUGGGGCUCUGGUGCUGGCCCCGAACCCGGGGUCCCAGCUGCUGGCCCCACGCUCGGAACCCCAGCUGCCGGCCUUGGCCCCUGGCCUCAGCUGUGUUCCUGGCCUGGCCCCCGCCCCCUGUCCCAACUGUGGCCCCAGCCUCAGCCCCCUUACCUCUGUCUGUGUCCCCCCUUCCCAGAGCCGCAGCCCUGCUCCUGACUCUGGGGGGGCUUGGGGCGUGGCCAGGGGUAAUGGAGGGAACAAAGUAAAAAGUUUGGGGACCACAGCUCUGGGCCAUGACUGUUACCGCUGGGACCUGAUGCUGGGACGUUAACCCUUUACAUGGCAGCCUCUGCAUCACACUAGCAUUCCAUUUAGUAUCCCACGCGGGGAAGGUUUUGUGGGGCAGUUUGUAUGAAAGACCCAACACAAACUAAAACUUUGUAGAAACGCGUAACCCUCGUGCCGGGCCUGUUAAGUCCUGGAGCCCUAAAAACUCCAAGGGCAAAUGCCACUUGCGGAGCCCCUAGAGUGCUGCCAAGUGCCCCCUGUAAUCCCCCUACAGAGCAAACUCUGAAGGGGAAAAAUUCCUGACCCCAAGGGCCGGAUCCUGUUGGGGAGUCCUAGAUUCCAAGGCAGCAGGGACUAUUGUGACCAUCUGGUCUGACCUGCUGUAUCGCACAGGCCAGAGCCCUGCCCUAAAAUAAAUUCCUGCGUCAAGUCCAAUAGCUGUGCUUGAGCUAGAGCAGAUGUUUUAAAAAAAAUCCCGUCUUCAUUUAAAAAUGGCCAGUGAUGGAGACUCCACCCUGAUUUGGGUAAAUUGUUCCAACGGUUAAUUACCCUCCUCAACGUUACCAACGAUGCCUUAUUUCUAGCCUGUAUUUUUCUAGCUGCACCUUCCAGCCAUUGGAUCUUGUUCUACCUUUGCCUGCAAGAGUGAAGGGCCCUCUGGUGUAAAAUUUCUGCUUCCCAUCUAGGUACUGCUAGACUGUGAUCAAAUCACCCCUUAAACUUUUCUUUGAUAAGCCAAAUAGAUUGAGCUCUUUGAGUCUAUCACUAUAAGGCAGGUUUUCCAAGCCCUUGAUCAUUCUUCUGGCUCUCCUCUGAACCCUCUCCACUUUAUCAACUCUCUUCAUGAAUUGUGGACUCCAGGACUGGACACAGGAUUCCAGUAGUGGUUGCACCAGUGUUAAAUACAGAGAUACCAUAACCUUUCUGCUCUUACUCAAGAUUCCCCCGUUUAUACAUCUCAGGAUCACAUUGGCUCUUUUGCCCACAGGGGAGCACUGUUCAGCUGAUUAUCCCCCAAGUUAAAGUACCCCAUCUGUAAGUAUGCUCUGCAUUCCUAGUUCUUAGAAGUACUAAAACAGAUAUUGUUUGUUUCCACCCAACAUACCAAGCAAUCCAGAUUGCUCUGUAUCGGUGACUUGUCCUCUUUGUUAUUUACCACUCUGUUAGCCUUUGUGUCAUUUGCAAACGCUCUCAGUGAUGACUUUAUGCUUUCUUCCAGGUCACUGAUAAAACUGUGGAAUAGCAUAGGUCCAAGAAUCAAACCCUGUGGGACCCCACUAGAAACACUUCCCCUCAGUGAUGAUUCCCCGGUUCAAAUUACAUUUUGAAACCUCUCAUUCCGGCAGUGAUUAAUCCAUUUAACGUAUGGCAUGCUGAUUUUCUCUUGUUCUAGUUUUAGACUCAAAAUAUCUUGUGGGACUGAAUAAAAUGCCUGACCGAAGUCUGAGUGUUUUACAUCAACCCUACCACCUUUACCAACCAAACGUAUCAUAUCAUCCAAAAAUGCCAUCAAGUUAGUGUGACAGGCUCUAUUUUCCAUUUGCCCAUGUUGUGUGCCAUUAAUUACAUUCCCCUCCUUUAAUUCUUUAUUAAUUGAGUCCCAUCACAGCUGCUCCAUUAACCUUACUGGGAUCAAUGUCAAGCUUACCUGGAUCGGCCACAAGCCGAGCUUUCUUCCACUCCUCUUCCAGGAUUGGGGAUGAUGGAGCAGUUUCUAUGCAAAAGAAUUAAUGGACACAAAUCUGACGUCAGGAAUCAUAACAUUCAAAAACCAGUAGGAGAAUACUUCAACCUCUCUGGCCACUCAGUAACAGAUUUAAAGGUGGCAAUUUGCAAAGAAAAGCUUCAAUAACAGACUCCAGCAAGAAACUGCUGUGCUUGAAUUAAUAUGCAAACUAGAUACUAUUAGCUUGGGUUUGAAUAGAGACUGGGAGUGGCUGGGUCAUUACACAUAUUGACUCUAUUUCCCCACUUUAAGUAUCCUCACACCUUCUUGUCAACUGUCUGAAAUGGGCCAUCUUGAUUAUCCCGACAAAAGUUUUUUUCUCCUGCUGAUAAUAGCUCAUCUUAAUUAAUUAGCCUCUUACUCCACCUUUUCAUGUUCUCUGUAUGUAUAUCUAUAUCUUCUUACUCUAUGUUCCAUUCUGUGCAUCCGAUGAAGUGAGCUGUAGCUCACAAAAGCUUAUGCUCUAAUAAAUUUGUUAGUCUCUAAGGUGCCACAAGUCCUCCUGUUCUUUUUGCGGAUGCAGACUAACACGGCUCCUACUCUGAAACCUGCGGCUGGUGUGGAGCAGGAAUAUCUACUCUGGCCACAAGGGGGCAUCAGUGCUGCAGAGAUGGGCAGCUGCGGGCACCCCAGGGGAUUGAUUCCUUUAGUCCAGCUGCCUGGUCUAGAGCUGAGGAUGACCAGUCCAUACCGUGCCCUCGUCAGAGAGAGGCAGGGGAUGGGAGGUGCUGCUACCAUCAGUGAGGCUCAGAGCAUGAACCUGCAGACGGAGAGUAAGGAGAUCCCAGUAUAAACCAGUAUAACGGCAGCUUCAGAGCGGGCAGGAGCCGUGGAGAUCCCAGAAUAAACCAAUACAGAGAGGCUGUUGCUGCUGUAGGACUGGGACCCUCCCAGUUCUCCCAGUAUAAGGCAAGGGAGUGGAGAUCCCAUCUCAGCCCAGAGGCUUCCCUAGAUCCUCCCCCCGCGGAUGGAGGAGCCCCCGGCGAGGCGGCCCGGGGCCGUGGGCUGCCAGCGUUGCUUCUGGGAGUUCUGGAACUACGAGACCCCCAAAGUGAUCGUGGUGAAGAACCGCAACCUCGGCAUCAUGUAUAGAGGGGUGCAGCUGCUGAUCCUGCUCUACUUCAUCUGGUACGUGUUCAUCAUCCAGAAGGGCUACCAGGAGAGCGAGACGGGCCCCGAGAGCUCCGUGGUCACCAAGGUCAAGGGCGUCGCCCGCUCGCACAGCAGGGUCUGGGACGUGGAGGAGUACGUCAAACCUGCCGCGGGCGGCAGCGUGUUCAGCAUCCUCACCCGGGUGGAAGUCACCCACUCCCAGACUCUGGAGACCUGCCCCGAGAGCCUGGAGGUCCCUGACGCUGCCUGCAGCUCUGACAGCGACUGUGUGGCUGGGGAGAUGGACAUGCUGGGGAACGGAGAGAGGACGGGGCGCUGCAUCCCCUAUUACAGCGGGCCGGGGAAGACCUGCGAGGUCUCCGCCUGGUGUCCAGUGGAAUACGGACACACGGUCAGUGAGUCCCUGGGGAAGAUGGCCGCGCAGUUCACCAUCCUGAUCAAGAACAACAUCCACUUCCCCCGCUUCGGAUUCUCCAAAGGGAACGUGAAGGACGAUAAGAACGGCUACCUCAAAGACUGCACCUUCAAUGAGACCACUGACCUGUACUGCCCCAUCUUCCGGCUGGGCUCCAUUGUGGAGCAGGCAGGGGAGAACUUCACCGCGCUGGCCGAACAGGGCGGCGUUAUCGGGGUGAUCAUAAACUGGAACUGUAACCUGGACCUGCCCGACUCUGCGUGCAACCCCAGCUAUUCCUUCCACAGGCUGGAUCCCAAGAGGAUUCAGGUGUCUUCUGGCUACAACUACAGGUUUGCCAAAUAUUACAACAGCAACGGGACGAACACGCGGAGCCUGAUCAAGGCCUACGGGAUCCGCAUCGACGUUAUUGUGCAUGGCCAGGCAGGGAAGUUCAGCCUGAUCCCCACCAUCAUUAACCUGGCCACGGCGCUGACCUCAGUGGGAGUGGGCUCAUUCCUCUGCGACUGGAUCUUACUGACCUUCCUGAACAAGAAUGAGGUGUACAGCGCCCGGAAAUUCGAUCAGAUGGAGCCGCGUGGCACCUCGCAAGCCAGUGCCCAGAGACCAGGCCGGAUGGGCUCUCCCUGCCCUUGCUGGCUCUGGGCGUUCCUUGCGGGAGCCGGGCACAGCAGCCUGCCUGAUGAGCCACCCCACGGGCCUUCUCCUGGCUGUUCUCCAUGCCCUGUGCCCUGGGGUGGGGCCGUGCAGCGAGGCCUGGGCACUAACUGCCCCAUCUCUCCUCUGUGCCAGGACGGGACCCCGGCGCCAGGCUGCAGUGGUAACGCCUGCACCACCCAGGCCUCCUCGCCAGCCAACCCCACGGGCCCCGGCCAGCUCUGA